GAAAGGCCUUGGAAACUAACGGUUAUACAGAGAGCCCAGGAAAGAGCCAUGACCCAAGGACUAUAGGGUUAUCUAUUUUUCCUUGACAUUCAUGGCCCUUUCAGGUGGAGGGAGGACCCAGGACAAUGGCUGCUGAUCGUGAUUUGGAGAUGGAGGAUAUGAAUCUGAAUAUGGAUAGAGACAUGAAAGGAGAGCUGGAAGAAGAGAAGGAAAUGAGAGAGGACAGGGGAGGUAAAGAUCCCCUCAAGAAUAAAAAGGUCCACAGGGUUGUCUCAAAAUGGAUGCUUCCUGAAAAGGUCCGAAGAACAUACCUGGAGAGAGCUAACUGCCUCCCACCCCCUGUGUUCAUCAUCUCCAUCAGCCUUGCCGAGUUGGCGGUGUUUAUUUACUAUGCUAUGUGGAAGCCUCAGAAACAGUGGAUCACCCUGGACAUAGGCAUCCUGGAGAGUCCCUUUAUCUACAGUCCUGAGAAGCGGGAGCAAGCCUGGAGGUUUAUCUCCUAUAUGCUGGUCCAUGCUGGAGUUCAGCACCUCGUGGGGAAUCUCAUCAUGCAGCUCGUUUUGGGUAUUCCCUUGGAAAUGGUCCACAAAGGCCUCCGAGUAGGGCUGGUGUACCUGGCAGGAGUGACUGCAGGGUCCCUUGCCAGCUCCAUUUUUGACCCACUCAGAUAUCUUGUGGGUGCUUCGGGAGGAGUCUAUGCUCUGAUGGGAGGCUAUUUUAUGAAUGUUCUGGUGAAUUUUCGAGAAAUGAUUCCUGCCUUGGGGAUUGUCAGACUACUGAUCAUCAUCCUCAUAAUUUUGUCGGAUAUGGGAUUUGCUCUCUACAGAAGGUUCUUUGUCCCUGCAAACGGGUCGCCGGUGUCUUUUGCAGCCCACAUUGCAGGUGGAUUCGCUGGAAUGUCCAUAGGUUACACUGUGUUUAGCUGCUUUGAUCAGGCACUGCUGAAGGAUCCGAGAUUUUGGAUAGCAAUUGCAGCUUAUUUUGCUUGUGUCUUAUUUGCCGUGUUUUUCAACAUUUUCCUCUCCCCAGCAAACUGACCUGCCUCUAAUAUAAACCAAGUAAUGCAAAGAGCCAUCUGGGAAAAAACUGAAGUCUAUGAAGAGACAAAGAAGUCCUUGCAAAUGCUAACCUCUUUUUUUAAAGAGGUCAGAACACGACUGAAGUCCUCAGUUGCAAAGACUGUUUACAAAAGGGGUUACGGUUUAGGUAAGGGGCUUCUGAAUG